UCCCAUUGACCAGGCAUCCCUUCCGGUAGAUGAGGUCAACUUUUCCCUAGCUCCGCCAUUUCAAUCCUGGAGUUUUCUUGUUGCACAUUAGUUUUGGGGCUUUCUAGGGGCAUUUUAUCACACAAAAUAUUGUUCUUUAAGUUUUUAGUCGCGCUGCGAUAAAGCAGAAACUCUGUGAGCGGCUACAUUGUUCGCGAAAACCCGCCUCAAGUAGUAAUAGUACACCUUUUUCAAUGCGUCCCUAACCUAAAGUUUUUUGUAUGAGUUGCGGAUAAAAAAAAGAGGCGAAGGGGGGAACAAGGCCUCGAGCCUCGGGCGUUAUUUCUUGAGCCAUGGCCGGAAAUUUUGACGCAGAAGACCGUUCGAGUUGGUACUGGGGUAGGCUGAGCCGCCAGGAAGCCGUUUCUCUCUUGCAGGGACAGAGGCACGGCGUUUUCCUGGUUCGGGACUCCAUAACCAGCCCCGGGGACUACGUGCUGUCGGUGUCUGAGAACUCCAAAGUGUCUCAUUAUAUCAUCAACAGCAUCAGUAAUAACCGACUAUCCGGUUCAGCCGCUGUUCCACCUCUGGGUCUGGCUCCUCCACGAUUCCGGAUCGGGGAUCAGGAAUUCGAGGCCCUGCCAGCGCUUCUGGAGUUCUAUAAGAUCCAUUACCUGGACACCACCACCCUCAUAGAGCCCAUCACCAAAUCCAAGCACACAGGAUUUAUCAGCUCUACGGCUGGCGUCCCACCACCGCAGCCCGAGGAGGCAGAGUUUGUCCGGGCGCUCUUUGACUUCCUGGGCAAUGACGACGAGGAUCUGCCGUUCCGCAAGGGGGACAUACUUCGUGUUCUGGAGAAGCCUGAGGAGCAGUGGUGGAAUGCCGCCAACCAGGAGGGACGUGCCGGGAUGAUCCCUGUCCCUUACGUAGAGAAGUACCGGCCUGCCUCACCCACGGCAGCUGGCUCGGGCAUUCCCACGGGACAAGUCGGGGGUAUGUCGGCUGACGGAACGGGGCCCCCCCUAGCACAGGGUGACCCGGGCCAGUAUGCCCAACCAGUGGUCGCCACCCAGCUCCCUAACCUACAGAACGGACCGGUGUACGCCCGGGCCAUUCAGAAGAGGGUGCCCAAUGCCUACGACAAGACAGCACUGGCUCUGGAGGUGGGUGACAUGGUAAAAGUGACCAAGAUCAACGUGAACGGCCAGUGGGAGGGCGAAUGCAAGGGCAAGCGCGGCCACUUCCCCUUCACCCACGUGCGACUGCUGGAACAACAACACCCAGACGACGAGAGCUGAGAAACGCUCGUUAGUCGCGUCCCACCUCUCCGGCAUGUUUGUGUCAGGGUGGGGAAUGAAUAAAACAAAAACAAGCACACGUACAAAGCAAAACCACAAGCUAAACAGGUCGCAGACCCUCGAAGCCAACACGGAUGAGCUUAGAUUGAACGCCUUCUUUUUUUGAUGGACGCUAGAGCUCUGCAGAACAACUCAUGAAAAUAUUUGUGAUUACUCUGGUUGUUGUGGCUAAUGCCCCCCCCCUCCACCCCCAGUGACAUAAUUUUUUUCACUUUUUUUUUUUUUUUUUUUAAAUUGAUGAGGUAUAUGAAUGAAUGUGUUUUAUUUGUAGGUUGUGCUCACCAUGAUGAAUUCUUAACCCAAAUGGCAACUUGGCUGUGCCUGUUAUUUUGUGCUGCUCCCUUAUUACAUGUUAGAACCAAAAAAAAAAAAAUGUUUACACAUCCAGUUCAGAGAUGGGCAUGGCUUAUCUAUUACUGAUUACCAUUUACUCGUCUUGUAAUGAUGGAUUUGAAUGAUUUACUCAUUGGCUGCCAUUGACGGUGAUAGGCAUCCAAUCCAUUUGAACUGGGAGGGCUACUAGUGAACACUCAAUUAAAUUCACAGCACAAGGAUAAAAAGAUCCACAUGAUUGGAUGUCUGUCAUUAUCAAUGGCACUGAGAGAGGAUGCCAUUGUUGUUUUAUCAAGCCAAAUAAUGAGACUACAAUGGUAAAUAAAUGUAGCACAGCCUAUUUUUCUGUAGACCAACUUUGAUAAGGCCAAAACCCCCGACUUAAGUGAACAUUGUCAAAAAUGUAUUCCAUUUGUAAAUCAAAAGUGACAUUUGCUCAUUAAGUUUCUCUCCUGUUUUACAGUCUCAUUUGGGCUAACACAGUUUAAAGAUGCGCAAAGUGAUACUUAAAUCCUUAUACUAAAAAAACAAAAAAAAUUUGCGUCAAAACACUACCUUUUUACACUAGUUAUAUUUAAAACAUGACUUCUCAUGGAAGUCACUCCAAAAAAAACUAAGUGGUAAUUGAUUUUUGUGCUAGUAUUAUAAUGCGACGUGUAUUAAAGCAAGCUGGUUGUUAGCAUGUGGUGUUUUUACCGGUUUAAAUUUAAAAUGCGUAAGAGCCAAAUGAAUAAGCGAGAGGCCCGAAUGACAAGCUAGUCAGUAUUGCUUUAAGCGUUUACCAGUUUGUAUUUACACUAAUUGAACAUUGAGCCAAAUGUCUCUCAUUGAACCUUUUCCUGAUGUUUUUCAGUUGUGCUAAUCACUGAAAAUGACCCCUUGACAACGAUAGACGUCCAAUCCAUUUGAAGUAGGAGGGCUGGCAAUUGAAGUGGUUUGGACUGUCAAUAGGAUUGGGCGUCUAUUGCUGUCAUUGGCAGCCAAUGGCUUAAGCUUGCUAACAAGUCGAAUGCACGCUAGUGACAAAAAUAUAGUUUACCAGUCAGGUUAUAUGUUUAAAGGAGUGUUAGGGCCACAAAAAAAUUACAAUCAGAACGUAAUCACAAGUGCGGAAAAAAAGUUAUUGGAUGUGGCAAAUACAAGAAUUUAAAAAUCAAGAUUUACUACUUGUAGAUUUCAACUUUUUAAAUGAAAAUGGAAUGUAAAAAAAGUCCUAUUCAUUAGAUGUAAUUUCAAGAAUAGUAAUAUGUAGGGGAGAAUUGAGUUAAAAUAUUACAGCAAUAUAAUCUUUUCUGGAAAACAAAAUUGUGAAAAAUCAAGUCUUUUAAAAACAUUGCGAAUAAACCAAUUAAAAAAUAAAAAAUGUAAACAUAUUUGUCAAAAAUGAUGACAGUAUUACACAAAAAUUGUGAACAGGAAUAGAACAUUUGAAAAGUGGGUUGCAUUUUCAUGUGGAAAGUUAAAAAUUCUAUGGCGGGAAAAAUUGUCAUAUGUAAUAUUUUACGACAAGGAAUUACACUGGGUAGUCUCAAUUUUAUAUAUUUUCAAUUGUAGGGUUAAGGCAUAUAUUCCCAUUUCAAAUUGUCGCAGUUUUUCACGUCAGCAAUAUGACAUUUAAAACAUUAUGGAAAAUCCUUUUUCUUGAAAUAUGCCUUAUUGCAAAAACAAAUAUCUAAAUAGUUGUAAAUUUAAGCAGAUAAAAAAAUGAAAAUGGGGCAUAUUAAAUGUAUGGGGUCAACAAAAUUAAACCCCCAAUGUGGCCCUAAAACAGCUUUGUAUAUUGUAGACAGGAGGUAACCACGCUGCUAAUUGCUUAAAGCCUUGUUUGUGGUUUAGGUUUGUUUUUUUGACCAAGUGAAUGCUCAAAAAAUGUUCUGAUGUCCUAAAUUCAUAUGUUGCCUUGAGUGAAACAUCUUUAAUGGGAUUUUUGCAACUCACAUGUGAAUGCUGACGAAACCACUUCUGUUCACGUACCUUAAUCGAUUCUUUCACUUAUGAAAUUUAGUUAAAAACUAACAAAAAAACAAAUCUGCAAAGCACAAAAGAUUUCUGUUCCAUUCCGCGCCAUUGUUUUAAAGGACCACAAACAAGCAAAAUAUAAGAUUUUCACGUUUAUUUUGUUCAGUGUUCUAAUGUUAUGAAAAUAUGUUAUUUCAGUUUGUUUUAUUUUUCUGUAUGGUGUUGCGUGGUAAUAUACCUAGUCAAUAAAAAUGUACCAAGA